GUAAUCAAAGGUAAAGAAGGUGGUGUUUAACAGAGUGACACAGCACGUAACACAUUUUCUGAGCCUCGGUGAGAAAAAAAGCAAGUCUCUCCCUUGGAUGACAAAAACAAAGCAAGCAAAAAGGAGAAAAGUUGUUGCAUGGAUUAAUGUGGACACCUGAAAAGUUGCUAUGUCAAGUUUAGGAUCAAAGAAAAAAGACGAUCUACACAGAUUAGAUCCCAACAUGGAAGCCUUGCCACAGCUGAGCAAUGAGAUGCAGCUGAGUAUUAUGAACAAGGUGAAGAGCGGGGAGUUGUCUAUUGACGAUGCUCUAAACCAGGCCAGGAGAGAUCGGGAGACGCUGCUUAGAGAGAAGAACCCAUCUGAUGAGGAACAGACACCAACACAGUACAACUUCAGCGUUCAUAAGCAUGGCCGUUACAGAUGGCAGAAACGGGUUCUACAGUUUGAUUUCAAGACCCAAAUGCUGUGCACCAUCGAGAGAGGCAUCGUCAAGCGACAGCUGCCCUUCUCCCGUGUCAAGAGCUGUGACGAUGGAGUUGGAUCCCGGUUCUCCAUUUCAUUUAAAGAACAUCAUGACUAUGAAUUGGAGGCCACGUCAGUGGAGGACAAACAGAAGAUGAUGCAGCUUGUGAAUAAGAUAAUCUACGGCAACAUAUACAAACAUACUGAAGAGGACAAUGCAGAAACCAGUCAGCAGCCUAAAGAGUCAAAGUGCAUUCGUGAAGGCGUCUUGUUGCUGCAUCGAGGUGGUCUGGCAUCAUUCAAAUGGGUGAAGUUUGAGGUCAAACUCCACCCAGGUCAGCUCACACUAAUCCCCUUUAGGCGCAGAAAUCAUGCUGAUGGUGAGGUGGCGCCCAUGAACAUCGUGAUUCAUCUGUCAGAUGGUGACACCAGGGUGCAGGAACCUCAAAGCCCUGACACUUUCAGUCUGGUCACCCACAAAAAUGAAUACCACUUUAAGGUUCCUGCUACAGAUCAGACAAAUGCACCAGGGUCUGUCCAGAAGGAACGAGAUGCUUGGUUCCAGGCCAUCCACAAACUGUGUUCAGACUGGAAGAGGAAGUCCAGCUGUGAGCAAACAUUUGUGGAAAAACCGUCACUACGACAUCAGAGCAUAGUAGAAGAACCAGAGGACACUGACACUGACCUUGAGUCUAGUGGUGGAUUUAGUGGUAAAAAUAUUAAUAAUAUUCAUCCUCCUGUUGAUUAUCCAAAUGAAGAUGCCCCCUCUGAUCAUGGAGAGCCUUCAUCAGCUGGUGAGCCUCCAGAUGAUCCUAAAAGGCCUGUUCCUAAACCUCGCCUGACACCCGUUAAAGUCACCAAACCUGACAUUGUGCCUGUUAGUCCUGUCCCACCACCAGUGUCUCCCACUGUGGUUCCCCCACUUCCACCCAGAUCCUCUCCACUUCCACCUUCACCAUGCACCAUUACCUCCACAACCCCCACCAUAGUCCCAAAGUCUCCCACCCCUGAGUCCAGUUUCUCAGCUGUGAAGGUGCCCCCACCCCCUCCUAUCAUCCCUAUACCUCCACCGUUGCCCGUCAAAUCCAGGAGGAAUUCAAGGAAACAACGAACUAAGGCCUUCCAUUGGGACGUGGUUAGCACUGAGAAGGUUGCAAAAUCAUUUUGGAUACAACAAAGCAGCAGGAGGAUUGAAAUCGACACAUCUCGCUUACAUGAGCAAUUUGCUGUUAAAGAUCUGGGGACGUUUGAAGUGUGUGAGCAGAGUAAUACGCAACAUAUCAUGCUCAACCAGAAGAUUGCACAUAACUUCAACAUUUUCCUCAAAAGUUUUCCAGUGCGUCCAGGAGAGCUGAAGGACAAACUGUUCAUUGUUAAUGAGGAAGAUGGAGGGCUGUCUGAUGAGCACAUCACCUCUCUGAGGAGGUUUAUCCCCACCAUUGAUGAUGUGGAAAUGUAUAAAUCAUACAAAGGACCUGUGACGGAGCUGCAUAUUGUGGACCAGUACAUGAUGGAGAUGUGCAACAUCCCCUACCUGAGCACACAACUCGACCUGCUGCUGACUCUGAGAGAGCUACCAAUCAGCAUGAACGACCUGCAACCGCUGAUUAACCAGAAGAUCAGAAUGUGCACGCAGCUGUGCAACUCCAGGUCAUUUGUUUCCGUGCUGGAGUACCUCCUCGCCAUUGGCAAUUACCUCAAUGAGAACGCCGGAAAGGAAAAGGCCAAGGGAUUCCGCCUCUCCUCCUUACCUAAAAUUUCUCAGCUCCGUGGGAGAGACAAAAAGUUCACCUUGCUCCACGCCCUUGUAGAACAGAUCAUGUUACAUGAACCGUGCUUGGCCACUUUUACCCAAGAGCUGGCAGAAUUUGAAACUGUCCCAGGAGCUUCCAUCAAAGGUCUGACUGCAGAAGUAGAUGUCUUGAAGAAUGAAGUAAAGAAAGUCAUCCAGUAUCGAAAAACUUCCAAGAAGAGAAAAGCAGGAGAAAAUCACACAAACUUCUCCAAAGAUCUAAAGAUGGCAAUUGACAAAUACAACACAGAGCUUUCGGCGCUGACGAAGACAUGUGAGGAAAUGAAGAAACUCUACUCUGUCAUACUGGUUAAAUUUGGAGAACCAGUGGAUCAAGACUCUCAGGAGCUCUUUGGAUUGAUCUGUCAGUUUAUUCACGACUUCAAGAGGGCUCAUGCUGAAAUUGUAUGAGCUGCAUUUACACAGUACAUUUUAGAGACGACUGAGUCUGCAUCGCUGAUCGUGUUUAUUCCAGAAACCAAAAGGAAUCUUUAGUAGAUCUCGGCCAUGGUGAAAAAUCAUAAAGAUGUAAAAAAAAAAAUAUAUAUAUAUAUAUAUAUAUAUAUAUAUAUAUAUAAAACAGAAUCUAUGCUGUAGGACAGAUAAGUGAAAUUGUCAUUUUUCUAUGCUGGUAUAAAUACUGGAUGUUUGACCAUGAAUGUAAUUGACUGUAUUUGCAGUCUAUGCUGAUGUAAUCUCCAUGGAAAUCAAUUUUCUGAUUAUGAAUAAAAGUCAAUGUAUGUCACAGGUUGGUCUGAU